AUGUUAAUAUAGUCUAUUAUAAGCUAUUCAAAUAGGCUUUCAUCGAGUAAUUCUUUUUUGCCUACUUAUGGAAAUAAAAUUAUAUCAGUUCUUCAAGCUUCCUUAAAUAGUAAAUAUCAAACCCAAACUUACAAAGUCCUUAACUAUGUUAGCACAACUUUGCAAAACUAACAGCAAAAAAUUGCGAAUUAAAACAAUAAUAAUAAAUUAUUUAAUAAUAACGAUAUAGUUCAAUAGAAUUUAGUUGAUUGCUUUAAAAUAUUGAACUCAACUACCCAAGAGGCAUCAUAAACACUUUAGUAGCAAAGUAAUAAUAAUGGUAAAAGGCUUUUAAAAAGUUAAGAAGAUUAUUCAAAUACUUUAGGCACUUUUAGAUCCCUUGCUUCUAAUCAAACUAUGUUGCAGCAAUAAAUGGAUUUAUCAGACUAAAUAGGAAAUCUACUAAACAACAUUACCCUUCCUAACUAAGGAGACCUUUAAUUACAAGGAAAUUUAAUCUCUCUUAGCACAGAGUAAAUAACAUCUAAGAAUCUUUAAAAAUACAUGUAUGUUUAAAACUAGCCAUAGUAAAAUGAUUCAAGCACUUAUAAUGUUGUUAUGACUAAAUAUUCUUAUAACCCUUUUAUUAAUACUGACGGCUUUUAAUAAUAUAUAAAUUAACUUUAAAACUCUACUCCUGGUAUUCAAGUUUCUAUAAAUCCUGUGGUAAAACCAUUUAUCUAAAAUACAAAUAAUGCCACGAGUUAAGGGUUUAAUAAUUCUCUUACUCUUUAAUUUUCGAAUAUUAAACCAUCAAAAUAUAAUUUAACUUGCUUGUAGCAAUAAUCUUAAUCAAACUGGACAAAUUAAGACUGUAAAUUAAUUGAAUCUACCCAAACUGGCUCUUAAACUUGUUUUUGUAAAAAUCAAAAACCCACUACUAUAGCCGAAGAUUUAUAAGAUCUUCUUGAUAAUAAAAAUUUAAAAACGGCAUUUGGUUCAUAGGGAAUAUAAAAUAUUUCUAAUUUUACAACAUUCUAUGAGUAUGCUGUAUUUUGGAUUCUGAGUUCAGUUACACUAAUCCAAAUAGGACUCUGUAUUUAUGGUAAUUAGCUAGAUUCUAAGAAUAAAAAUUCAUUUGUAGGAUCUAUGUCAAAAAUCAAUCCAAUAUCUUUAGUAAAUUUUGAAAAUUUUGAUUAAAAAAACACAGAUGAAUAAUAUCAACUACAACUAAAUUAAUAAAAAUAAGAAUCCGAUAAAUUAUAAUAAAAGGAAUCGACUGUUUUUAUAAAUUACUAGCAAUAAAAAUAAUAAUCUUAAAGAGCUACGCAAUCAAAUAUAAACCUGAAAAGACCUGAAGAUGAUUAUCAAGGAAGUAAAUUAUUUGUUUAAUAAUAAGAAAACGAUGUAAACAACCAAAAAGUUUAGAAUUUAUAGUCUUUAUCUGAUAACCAAAGCAUUUAAAGCAUAUAUCUGAGUUCAAAAGAUAAUAAAUAGGAAUUAAAAUUGGAUUAACCGAACACCAUUACUGAAUAAGUUAAUGAUAAGAAAACAAAUAAUAUGAAGACAAAGGCAAAUAAAGUAAAGAAUAAUAAAAGGAUAUCGUUGAAAUAUUAAAAGGAUCAAAAAAUACUCAAAAAUUAAUGGAGACCUCUUUGUUGA